AUGGAUGCCUCCUCAGGCGAGCUGCGGACGAGUAUACUCGAAUGGGACGAGGGCGAUGUGCACGCAUAUCUCGCAAAGCUCGGCUUUCCUCAAUACGAAAGCCAGGUUCGAGAGCAUAGGAUAACUGGCGACGUUUUGUGUCUUCUUGAUGCAGAAGGUCUCAAGGAAAUGGGAAUUGCAACCAUCGGCCAACGACUCUCAAUUCUCAAAGGAGUCUACAAUAUCAAGCUUGCGCAAGGCAUUCCUAUUGAGUCCGACCACUACGUUCCGCCUUCCGAAGUUGAAGAGCGGAAGGGCCAGCUGAACGUAGAUAGACUGUACAAUCUGCUCCGGGAGCAAAGCGAGAGAUUGAAAUCUCUAGAGGAAGACAAUCGGCGCCUCAGCGAGAGUCUGGACUCUUGCCUUGACGAUGUCAGCAGCAUCCGAAGUAGCACAUUAUUGCGACCGCAGAGCGAGACAGAAAGUCCUGUACGCCAACAUUCCUUUAAAUGGGCGUCCUUCGUGAAGCCUGUUCGUUCGCCCACGAAACCGGCUCCCGAGCCUGCGGAAUCACCACAGCCGUCUCCGCAACGUCUCGAACAUGACAUCAAUUCUAAUGUCGGCCGCAACCCUUCGACGUCGGACCGAUCAAGAUCUCAUGCUAUGUCUAGUUCCAAUGAUCCAGCAUCGAUGUCGCGUUCCGACGCUGGGUCUAGUAGUUCACAGCCUCCCAAGCCGGUGAGACAUGACAGCUCUGACAACCUGAAGAGCUUCAAAGUAAGCUUAGAAGACCCAGCAUGGAAAGUGCUUCCGGCCGCCUUGAAGAAGUACAAGAUCAACAACGACGACUGGCAAAACUAUGCCAUGUUCAUCUGCUAUGGAACCUCGGGCAAUCGCAUUGAGAGAUGCCUCAGCUACGACGAGAAGCCAUUGUUGCUGUUCCAGAAACUCAAAGACGCCAAAAAGAACCCCGUCUUUAUGCUUAAACACAUCAAGGACAUCCGUUCACCUAUUGCUGUCGCGCAGCAGAAGCAGGCUGCGCGCAGGGCAUCAUCGGAAUCGUCUACCAGGUCGCCACCUCUGUCCUCGGCUCAAUUGCGUAGUCAGGGACAUUCCCAGGGAGGGAAGGACAUCAGUGCUCGUCCACCAAAGCUUCAGGUCAACAGCCAAUUAAAUGUGGCAUCUGGACUCAUGACGGGCGUGUCGAGCGCGCAGUCAGGGUGGCCGGAAUUGAUGUCGCCUGCGGUGGAAAGCAAGGACCGUAUCGAAGAGGUUGGUUUGGUAGAGAACAGCAAGUCUCACAACGGGAAUGGGUCAAGUGUGACAGACGGUCCGGACACUAUGUCUGCCCCUACAGUUUUGAGAGAAAUCCCACCGUCGACGGGCGUAUCGUAUGCAGUUGCGAUCUACCCGUAUAUGGCAGAGCAGGAGGAUGAGUUCGACGUCGUUGUCGGCGAUACAUUCAUCAUUCUCUCCAGAUCUCGUGGCUGGUGGGUCGUGCAAAGAGACCCGGCAGGCGCCGGAACGAUUGAGCCUGACACGAGCAAGCAGGGCUGGGUCCCCGCAGGUUGUCUACUUGAGACUAAAGUGCCAGUUGCCUCCGCUAUUGCGGAAGCGACGUCACGAGGCGGUUCUACAUCUAAUUCGCCACCGGAAUCGCCUGGGAAGACCCCCAUUCUGCCGCUCAGUAUCCUCUCUACUAGUUUCCCGGGGAUUGCCUUGAUGGAUUACAAGAAGAAAGGCGACGAGGAACUUAACCUGGCCAAGGACGACUUCCUUAGGGUUUUCAAGAGAUAUAACCAUUGGUCAUAUGCUGUCAAGGAGGAAACCGGCGAUCGUGGUUGGGUUCCUUCCUGGUUCAUCGGCAAAGUUCCAACAACUGCAGGGGCACCUCAGACGCCAAGUACGAGCAGUGCUCCCAACACACUUACUGCGUCCUAUGGAGAAGGAGAUUCGCGGUAUGGGAAUGACUCACUACUCCAGCAGAACCAGGUCUCUCCCAUGUCCUCCGCGUUCCCUCCAAUGCAGACCCGGACGGCGGCAGUCGUCUGA